CGCGCGCCGCACGCCCAGGUUCCGCUCCGCCGCGGGGAAGGGGCGGGGCCGACACGGACACAAUUACCCGACGCGCCGCACAACCGAGACGCGUCUCGGCGGGCUAGAGCGCCGCUCCGCCAUGGAGACGGCCGCCAUCCUGCGCGUGCGGCACUGCGGCGCCGCCAUCUUCUGCCGCCGCGUGCCCCCGCUCUGCCCCGCCUGCGGCCGCCCCCUGCGCGGCGCCGGACUGCGCGCGGCCCCCGUGCGCCUCCCCUGCCCCUUCAGCGACGGGCACCGGCGGCCCCGCGCCUUCCUGCUGCGGCCUUCCGCCGGCAGCUUCCUGGGAGAAUACGACGGGAACUCUGAUCUCCACGUCGGAAUAUCCAGCGCUCUGGGAGUGGUGUAUAAUUACAAUGAAGAGGGCAUUCACAGAGAUGCAACCGGAUGGGAGCAGUGCAUUAGUGUCCCACUAGUACAGCCAGAUAUGUUUGAGCUUCUUCAGCAGUGGGAUCACCUCCUAGAGGAAUUUUCUAUGGGAGAGGAAUGGCUUCCUCAUAGGUAUGAAGAACAUGACCACAACUGCUACACGUAUGCACUAGCAUUCAUUAACAGUGUACUGACUGCACAAGGAAAGCAGCAAAUGAGUAAAAGUGAAUUUACAGAGAAGUUUGUGAUUCCACAGACAAAGAACGCUUCUAAGUAUAUUACCCUUCAUCAGGAACUAACCACUAAGGACUUCUACAUUGUACCCCUUCCUGAUCAAGAAGAACAGUGCUGAAAAUAAGUUGUCCAACUAUACAUUGUGUUCUGUUGAGACAUUUAAUAUUAGAAAUCGUAACGGCUUAUAAUUAGGGGUUUUAACAAAUCAACUGUUGAAAUAAGCUCUUUUGAAUCAGACAUUUUUCCC